UGGCGUGCAGAGGCUCCCCCUCUCUGGUCCUGGUGGUGGUGUGUGUUGCUCUGCUGUUGGACAACAUGCUCCUCACGGUGGUCGUGCCGAUCAUCCCCACCUUCCUCUACGCCAUGGAGCAUCCAGGCGGCGCCGCCCUCAUCCCGGGUCCCCCGGCGGAGCGCGGCCCCCCCGGGUCCCGGGUCCACACCUCCACCUUUGGCUUGCCCGAGGUCCGGACCAACCCGACCCCCCCCCGCGCCAACAGCACAGACCUGCAGCCUAACGAGACAUUGGACGCGUCCUGCCUUCAGGACAGCGUGUUCCUGGGGGAGGAGAACGUCCGUGUCGGGCUGCUCUUUGCCUCCAAAGCUCUGGUCCAGCUGCUCAUGAACCCAUUGGUCGGCCCGCUCACCAACAGGGUUGGGUAUCACAUCCCCAUGUUUGCUGGUUUCAUCAUCAUGUUUGUAUCAACCAUCAUGUUUGCCUUCUCAGGGACCUACACUCUGCUGCUCUUGGCUCGCUCUCUGCAGGGAAUCGGCUCGUCCUUCUCAUCGGUUGCAGGGUUGGGUAUGUUGGCCAGUGUGUACACAGAUGACGAGGAGCGAGGCGUCGCCAUGGGCGUCGCUCUGGGAGGACUGGCCAUGGGGGUCCUGAUCGGCGCUCCGUUCGGCAGCGUCAUGUACGAGUUUGUGGGGAAGAAAGCUCCCUUCCUCAUCCUGGCUCUGCUGGCUCUGUGUGAUGGAGCGUUGCAGUUAUUCAUCCUGCAGCCGUCCAAGAUCUCUCCAGAGAGCGUAGAGGGGACCCCCUUACUGACACUGUUAAAGGAUCCAUACGUCCUCAUCAGUGCAGGUUCUCUGUGCUUUGCUAACAUGGGUGUUGCCAUCUUGGAACCAACUCUGCCCAUCUGGAUGAUGCAGACCAUGUGCUCCCCUAAAUGGCAACUUGGUAUGGCCUUCCUCCCUGCCAGCAUCUCCUACCUGAUCGGAACUAACGUGUUUGGACUUCUGGCUAAAAAGAUGGGAAGGUGGCUCUGCUCCAUGUUGGGAAUGUUUAUUGUUGGCAUCAGCCUGCUGUGUGUUCCCUUUGCCACGAGUAUCUAUGGUCUGAUUGGACCAAACGGAGGUCUGGGCUUCGCUAUCGGCAUGGUGGACUCCUCCAUGAUGGCCAUCAUGGGUUACCUGGUGGAUAUCCGCCACGCCUCCGUCUACGGCAGCGUCUACGCCAUUGCAGACGUGGCGCUGUGUAUCGGGUUCGCUAUUGGUCCGUCCACAGGGGGCGCCCUGGUCCAGGCGGUAGGGUUCCCCGCCCUCAUGGUGAUCAUCGGGGUGAUCAACAUCCUGUACGCGCCGCUCUGCUUCCUGCUGCGUAACCCGGCCGCACGAGAGGAGAAGACGGCGAUCAUCGACCAGGAGUGUGUGAUGCACAAAAAGAGCUACAACACACAAGACGAGAGUCGGGAUUUUCCUCUGAGCGACUACAGCGAAGAAGAUGAGACGGAGGAGUGACACACAAACACACACACACACACACAUAGGGCUGAAGAUGUCCAUGUUUACCUUCAUUAACACACCUUCUUAAAGGGACAGUGUUCAUAUACAAAACAACUCGGUUACCGUUGCUACGCUUUGUCUUGUAGAUUGUUAACUUCUGUUGGAAAAUAAAAAAUGCAAUGGU